AUGGGAUCCGACGAACUGGUCAAGAAUUUGUCUGAUUUUUUGUUUGAAUAUAAAACCCCUCGGAUGAUAGCUCUGAGAGACAAGAGGAUUGGACUUAUUUUUCGACUGAUCCAGCUGAUUGUGCUUGUGUACGUUGUGGGCUGGGUCUUCAUACAUGAGAAGGGUUAUCAGUACACGGACUCCACCACCAGUUCCGUCUCCAUCAAAGUGAAAGGCUUUGGCUUCACCAACCUCUCCACCAUCGGCCCCAGGGUGCUGGACACUGUGGACUACACCUUCCCAUCACAGGGAUCGGACUCCUUUGUUAUCAUGACCAAUUACAUUAUCACUCCAAAACAGUCCAUGAAACUCUGUACACAGCACUACACAUCUGGAGAGUGUGAAUCAGACAGUGACUGUCCUACUGGGAGCUUUAGCCGCUAUGGUCAAGGUAUAAUGAAUGGGAAAUGUCUAAACAACUCCGAAGGUGUGAAAGCGUGUGAAGUCUUUGGCUGGUGUCCAGCUGAAAACGACAGCCAUCUUCCAAACCCACCCUUGCUGAUGGCUGCGGAAAACUUCACCAUCUUUAUCAAGAACUCCAUCACCUUCACAGCCUUUGGUGUUUCCAGGCGAAAUAUAGUGGAAUCAAUCACCAAAGCAUAUCUGCGGAACUGCACCUACCACAAGGUCCACCACCCGCUUUGUCCCGUAUUUCGUUUGGGAUACAUCGCUGAAGAGAUCAAUGAGAACUUCUCUGCUCUGGCCUACAGAGGAGCUAUCAUUGGUAUUGUGAUACACUGGGACUGUGACCUUGACUGGCCUGUGACUCAAUGUAAACCAACCUACAGCUUCCACCAGCUUUACCGCAGCCUAACCAAGGACCAGGUGUCAGUGGGCUUCAACUUCAGGUAUGCAAAAUACUAUGUGGAAAAUGGUACUGAAAUGAGAGAUCUCUACAAGGUCUUUGGGAUUCGGUUUGACAUAAUGGUGCAUGGAAAGGCUGGUAAAUUUAACAUCAUACCCACCAUGACAACUGUCGGCUCUGGGAUUGGUGUGUUUGGCGUGGCAACUAUUGUCUGUGACUUGGUCCUCCUCCAUCUCAUUUCUAAACGCAACUACUACAAGCAAAAGAAGUUCAAGAACGUAGAAGAUUCACUCCCAUCGGGGAAUGGGAACUAG